CACAAUGGAAAGUAGUCACGUAGCCCAAAAAUUAUUAUUAUGCGUCAAAUAUUUGUACAAUUGGUAUAACAUGUACCUAAAAAAAAAGCAACACCCAGCUAGAGCCUAAAAGCCCUUCGGUACUUAUUUUUAGAUUGGAACUCGAUUUGAUUCGAUUCUAAAAUAACCAUCAUUAUUUAUGACUAGUAUAAAGUGUCUACGUCAACGUGGAUGUAUAUCAGGUCAUGACCCCACAAGCUCAGAUUCCUUUUGACUGUCUGUUAUCUUCCUCCUCUCGUGUAAUUUCGUCAUCUCUCUCACCUUCACCGCUCCUAAAUCUCAUCGCCUUCUGGAUUCCAUGGCUUCCGUCAUUGAAGCUGGUUGGACGUACUUGAUUACUCAUUUCAGUGACUUUCAGCUGGCUUGUGUUGGUAGCUUUAUUCUUCAUGAAGUUGUCUUCUUCUUGUCGGGACUUCCUUUCAUAUACAUAGAAAGGGCAGGAUGGCUCAGAAAGUACAAAAUUCAGGCCAAGAAUAACAGCAGUGAAGCUCAAGAGAAAUGUAUUGCUCGGCUACUGUUUUAUCAUUUUUGUGUGAACCUUCCUGUGAUGCUUACUUCCUAUCCUGUAUUCAGAUUCAUGGGAAUGAGAAGUAGCCUUCCACUGCCGUCUUGGAAAGUUAUGUCGACUCAGAUUCUAUUCUACUUCAUUGUGGAAGAUUUCAUAUUUUACUGGGGACAUAGAAUUUUACACACGAAAUGGCUCUACAAACACAUCCACAGUGUCCAUCAUGAGUAUGCAACACCUUUUGGAUUGACUUCUGAAUAUGCACACCCAGCUGAAAUAUUAUUCCUUGGAUUUGCUACAAUUUUUGGUCCUGCCAUCACAGGACCUCAUUUGAUAACUCUUUGGUUAUGGAUGGUAGUGAGAGUUCUUGAGACAGUUGAAGCACAUUGUGGUUACCAUUUCCCAUGGAGCCCUUCAAACUUUCUCCCUUUAUACGGAGGUUCUGAUUUUCAUGAUUAUCAUCACCGACUGAUUUACACCAAGUCAGGCAACUACUCGUCUACUUUUGUUUACAUGGACUGGAUAUUUGGUACAGACCAUGGGUACAGAAAACUCAAGGCUUUGAAAACUGAAGAAGAGGUAGCUGAGUUUAAAGAGAAUUAAAUUCUCAAUAAAGGUAAUCCCUUUUAUAUUGUCUGUGAUUUCUUCGUUACUGAUGUAGAAUCAGUUUAAACUUUUUCUAUGAUGAGUGUACUAGUUUCUUUAAUUUCGAGUGUAAUGUUCUUAAUGUGGAUAUGAGGUUUUGUUUUUAAUUGCUUAGACUAUUAGACGUGACACAUUGGUUGAUUUGAUUUGAUUAGAUUCUGGAUGAUUGGGUUUUGUAGUGGGUCAAAUAAAUAAAAUUAUAAAACACUAAUGAACAUAAGGUCAUUAAUAUAAUAUUAAAAACUGUUUCAAAUCUAAAUUGAUAAUGUCCCUAAUCAAGUCAGAUAACUAAAUCAAAAUAAACAUGAAG